AUGAACUAUAGUCCCAUUAUGAGUUCAGAUGACAAAAAAGAAACGGAAACAGCCAACGAAUGUGAUGAGGGUUUUUUACCUGAUGUAAACCCUACUUUGGAAUCUCCGCGAUCCUCUAUAGCCAUGAAAAUGAAUCGUCAUGAUAGGGAUAAAGACACAUUGCUACCUCCUUCCCCUCCAAAGUUUGUGUCAAUGAAUCAACUUGCGGAAGCAGCUAAAGCAUUCUAUAAUAUGUCUUUAGCACAUGAAAUAACUGUGGAUUCUGAGUUUAGACUGGAAAAAUAUGAACCACAAGAAAAAAGUUUGGAAUAUUGUAUCAAAGAAACAAUGCAUAGAGCAUUUUGGGAUAUUUUACGAUCUAGUUUAGAUUGUGAUCCUCCAGACUAUGAACCAGCUUUACGCUUAUUGGAAGAAGUUAAACAGUCAUUACAAAGUUUAGUUUUGCCUAAUCAAACAACAUUGAAAACACUUAUUGAAAAUCUUUUGGAUAUGGAUAUAGCUAAAUCUCAAUUAGAAGAAACUGGUUAUUUAAGUUUAGAAAUUUAUAAAAAUGAAGUAAUUAAUUUAAUGAAACAAUUUUGUGCUCCAAUACGUGAUCAAGAAGUUGAAGAUUUAAGAAAAAUCGAUGAUCCAAUUGAUGCAUUCAAAAAUGUCUUUAUUUUAUUGGAUAAAAUGCAUAUGGAUUUGGCUAAUUUUACAAUUGAACAAAUGAGACCAUAUAUUCGUCAACAGGCUGUUACUUAUGAACGAACAAAAUUUGCUACAUUUUUAGAAGCUCAACAAAAACUUGGUAUUGAUGGCUUAGCUCAUACACGUGAUUGGAUUAAACAAGCACAUGAUAAUCUUCUUGAUGUAUCACAUCAACCAAUUAAUCAUGAGUGCCUUAAUGCAUCCAACAAUAUCAACACCAAUAAUAAGUACACUCCAGUGGAUCUUAAAAACACUUCAGAUAGUUGUUCUACCACAAGUAAUGAUACUAUCCCAUUGACACCGAAUAAUAUACUACGUGAAGCUUACUUAAAGUUAUUGAUAUGGCCACGUGAUCGUGAUUGGCCUGAGACAAUGCUCAUGGAUCAAUAUCGUCUUAUAGAUUUAGGCAAUCAAUUAACUAUUAUUGUCAAUUUGACAUCUCUUGUUCUGGUUGUAUGUAACUAUAUAGCAUCGAAUGUAUCAACAUUCACUACAACUGGAUUAUCUUCAUUAACUGCAACAAAACCUAUUUUAUCAAUUCCACUUGAAACUAGUUUACCACAUGAUGCAAUGAUACAAUUGAAAAAAUCUAUUUGUCAAGAUGUUGCACCAAUAUUACAUGGAAUCUCUUUAAAUUAUAAACCUGAUCAAUUAGUUGAUGAUAUAAUUGAACAAGUUAUAUUGACUAUUGAAUUAUGGUAUAAUCGAUGCAUACAAUCUUGUAAUUUAAUUACAUCAUCAUCAUCCUCAUCCUCAUCUAACUUAUCAACAUUAACUGAGCAUAAAUCAUUAUGUACAACUGCUUCUAUGACAGAUUAUGGACGUAAUGAAUUAAGCUUACAAUUGACUUCAGUUAUUAUCAGUGAACAUCCUGUUUAUAAACUUAUGUAUAAACGAGCUAUGGAUUUUCUACGCUCUGCAUUAUCAUCCUACCCUCCUGAACCAUUACCUUUACCUCCAGGUUUCAGUGUUCUACUUGAUCUUGAUCAAGAUAAACUCAGUUCUUCCACCAGCGAAAAUGGGACUACUGUUGGUUAUUUACGAAAACCUCCAUUAAACAUCCCGACAACAAUGAUGUCAGGUGGUAGUAGUACCACUACUGGAUUACUUUUCCAUUCUUCCCCUUCUAGUCCACAUAAAGAAUCAAUCAACAGUUUUAAAACUUCUAAAUUUGAAAUAUUAAGUUUAUCCGAUUUAGCAAGUCGUCUUCUACCAUUAUUAGCUCAUAAUCGUCAUGUAUUCGGUUCAUAUUAUGCUGAAAUUAUUCAACCGUUACUUAUGCCGGAAAUUCAAAAACUUUCUAAUAAUAAUAGUGAAAAAUGA